CCGCGGGAGGCUCAGUUGGUCGCUGGUUUAAUAAAUGUAUUGAAUUCCGCGCUGCUCGUGAACAGGUGUGUGUGUUUUAUAACACGGACGGAGCUCUGCGUGUCUUUAGCUCCUGUCGGAGGCGCGCGGCGGGGAGGCGCGCGGCGGGUCUCCGGACGACGGUUCAAUAAUGUGACGCUUUAGCUCGGUUAGCUUAGCUAGCGGGUUACCAAGGCAACGUUAGCCGUCAGGUGGCUAGCUGUUAGCUCACCGCAGCGGCUGUCUGUUUCUUUUCUAAAAUUUCAUGUUUAUUGACAGCAGGUUGAUUAUUUACGGUUCUCUUAGGCGCCGAAUCAAGUCUAAAUAUGUAAUUAUAUAAAUUAUAUAGGUUUAGUCAGUAUCCUCUCAGAGCAAAUAAUUCCAAUUUCAGUGAAUUUCUAUUUUUAUUUACGGAGUUCGUUCAGUGCAUCUGUCUCCGUUUUUUCGGGGUCUUCUCUUUAGUAAAAGUGGAUUUUUCUUUAAAACAGGACGUUUUAUCGCGUCUUUUUAAAUGCCGAAUCGCAGAACAUUGUUAUAAUAUGCGAAGUAUUUGACAUUUGGUUGAGUGACUCAUAUAUUAUUGAGCAGAUAAGCGCAACAUCAGUAAAUUGACAGAUUUAUUAACGGAGUUCGUGUUUCGUUUCAGUCUUCAGCUCGUCAGACCCAGACUGAGGUUUCCUGCCUCAGACACGACGGAGGGACUCAGUUAAUGCAGUUUCAAUCAUGAAACUAUAUAUUUCUUUUAGUUUCCUUGAAUUAAAUUAGAAUAUAUUUGAUUUAACAAGAAAAUACAAAUACUGGACAGACACAAGUCAGUUAAGACUGGUUCAGCACUCAGACCUGCAGUCCAGGAUCAGACUUGCAGUCCUGGAUCAGACCUGUGGUCCAGGAUCAGACCUGCAGUCCAGGAUCAUACCUGCGGUCCAGGAUCAGACCUGCAGUCCAGGAUUAGACCUGCAGUCCUGGAUCAGGCCUGCAGUCCAGGAUCAGACCUGCAGUCCAGGAUCAGACCCGUAGUCCAGGAUCAGACCUGCAGUCCUGGAAUCAGACCCGUAGUCCAGGAUCAGACCUGCAGUCCUGGAAUCAGACCUGUGGUCCAGGUUGGUGCGGGGGCCGUGCAGACAUGGAGCAGUACAGUAUUCUGGGUCGGAUCGGUGAAGGUGCUCACGGCAUCGUCUUCAAGGCCAAACACAUCGAGACCGGAGAGACGGUCGCUCUGAAGAAAGUGGCUCUGAGACGUUUGGAGGACGGCGUCCCCAACCAGGCGCUGAGGGAGAUCAAGGCGCUGCAGGAGAUCGAGGACAACCAGCACGUGAGUGUCAGAGGAUGCCAUGGUGAGGUCAGAGGUCAGCCUCACAGUGCUCCUCCUCUUCCCCAGGUGGUGAAGCUGAAGGACGUCUUCCCUCACGGGACGGGCUUCGUCCUCGUCUUUGACUUCAUGCUGUCCGACCUCUCAGAGGUCAUCAGGAACUCCCAACGACCUCUGACCCCGGCUCAGGUCAAAGGUUACAUGAUGAUGCUGCUGAAGGGCGUGGCCUUCCUGCAUCACAACAACAUCAUGCACCGGGACCUGAAGCCGGCGAACCUCCUCAUCAGCUCUUCAGGUCAUCUGAAGAUCGCAGACUUCGGUUUGGCUCGACUGUUCAGCGAGCACAGAGACAGACUGUACAGCCACCAGGUGGCCACCAGGUGGUACAGAGCUCCUGAGCUGCUGUACGGAGCCAGAAAGUACGACGAGGGAGUCGACUUGUGGGCGGUGGGCUGUAUUUUCGGGGAGCUGCUGAACUCGUCUCCUCUGUUUCCUGGAGAAAACGACAUCGAGCAGCUCUGCUGCGUCCUCAGAGUGCUGGGAACUCCAACCCAGAACAGCUGGCCUGUACGACACACACGCGCACACACACACACACACACACGUGCGCACAGAUCAGUCAAUAUCACGUGAUUGCAAACAUUGAUCUGUAAUAUCAGAUUAUCCUUAUUGAUCUUAAGGAGAGAAAUUUCAGCAGGAUCAGAAUCAGGUUUAAUGCCAAGUAAAGUUUCAGCUACAAGAAAUUCACCUUUAACAAUAAUGACUAAAAAACAUAGUAAUAGAAAACUAAAGGUAAAAGCAAAUACUGCAAAAAUCUGAAAUAUAA